AUGCCGGGUUUCACAGAGAAACAGACGUUCAACAUCCAGGAAGAUCAGAAAGAUGACGAGAUUCAUCUGUCACUGAAUAAGGUCAUCAUGAUUGGUGCCCUGAUGGCCGCCAUAAUCACCGGGGUCGGUCUCAUCUGCUUCUACGUUCCCGACAGAAGCUGCGGGGAUGAAAUCAUCGUCGUUCCUACCUCCGAUCCUCAAAAGGGAGAAACAACCCCUAGAGCUACGACAGAUGGCAGCGAGUCUACUACACCAACAGCCAGCCCGUCUGGACCAUGGCCUGGUCGACUAACAACUGCCGUGAUGCCAGAGUCGUACGAGCUCUUCCUCAAACCCUACAUCUACGACGACGACGUGCCUUCAGGAAAAGCAAAAUUCACCUUCGAUGGAAACGUCACUAUCCGUGUCCGAUGCUACAACGCUACCAAUCGCAUCACUCUUCAUGCUGUGGAUAUCAAUAUCACUACCAUCACGGUCUUCAUGAUGGGCGACACCGUCGAUAUGUAUCAAGGGCACUCGGAGGAAAACGAGUACGAAUUCCUCCACAUUGAUCUCAAUGAUGAACUCGUCGUUGAUGGGGUAUAUGACAUCGAAAUCGAUUAUCUUGGUCAGCUGAAUGAUGGACUGUCAGGAUUCUACCGCACUAGUUAUAUGACCGAAGAUGAGACAGAGGUGUAA